CCAAACGGCGGCGAGGAGCGGCAUCAGUUAAUCAACUGAAGCUUCUGAAGCCUAACCAAAUCUGAAUCCAGCAUGCGUCUACUUGUGACACUGUGCACGCUCUGCGCCCUGGCUCAAGCCAAGCCUCAGGGCUACAACUAUGGCAGCGGCGUCUCUGGAACUCUGACCACGACGGGCGGUGGAGGACACGGCUCCAGUUUUCUGAGUGCACCGAGCACUACUCAGAGUGUGUCUACCUAUGGACCACUGGGAGCAUUCCAUGGCGCCGGCGUUGGGUCAUUGCUGAGCAGCGCCAGCUCCGGGUCCAGUUCCGCAUACGGCUCUGGAUCCGGUUCUGGUUCCGGUUCCGGUUCGGGUUUUGGCCGCAACACUUACACCCAGGGCAGCGGCAUUAGCAGUGGUGGACACUCCUCGUCUGGCCUUGUCAGUGGCGGCUUUGGCAAUAGUGCCACAAGCAACUUUGCCGGCUUCGGUCAAACGCCCAAUAUUGGCUUUGGAGGAUUGGCUGGUUAUCAGGCGCCCAGCUAUCAGCAGCAGCAGCAGGUGGACCAACAGGUGGCCUUCGAGGCGCCCAUUGUGCACAAACAGUUCAUCACGAUCGCUGCGCCCGAGGAGCACGAGAAUCUGGAGCGCGUCAAGCACCUGGUGAUUGGCCGUCCGCAGAAGAACUAUCGCGUCAUCUUCAUUAAGGCGCCAUCGUCGAGCAGCGCCAAUGUCAAGCUGUCGGCCGAGUACGCGCCCAAGGAGGAGAAGACCGUCAUCUAUGUGCUCAGCAAGAAGGACUCGACGCUGGAGGUCAACGACAUCGCUACACCGGCGCCCACCAUUCCCAGCAAGCCAGAGGUCUUCUUCAUCAAGUACAAGACCGACGCCGAGGCUUCCCAUGCCCAGCAACAGAUUCAGGCCGAGUACGAUCGCAUCGAAGGCACCUCGGAGCAUACCGAUGGCGGCGUGGCACCUGCCCAGUCUGUCGUUGGCAUCCUCGACGCUGGCAGCCGCGGCGUCAGCUCCUCAGCCGGUGGCCUUGCCUCCGCUGGCAGCCAGAAUUUCAUCAGCACCAGCAGCGGCGCUGGCAGCCUGGGUCAUGCCAGCGGACAGGCCGUUAUCACCAGCACCGGCGGCGGCAGCAGCACCACCACCACCACCAACCUGGGCAAGGGCAGCCAGAGCUCGACAUAUCUGCCGCCUAGCCACUAG